AUGAUAGGUGUACUGGAUAAGUUUUGGAAGGCCAAGAAACGAACGCCGAAGGUCCCGUUUACGUUGGCUCCCGUCGACUAUGGCGCGCUGACUGCGCUGUAUCGUUUGACCCAAGGGGAUGGAUGGACACGUAGAGACGGCUGGUGCACCCCCGUUGAGCUCCAGGAAUGGUUUGGGGUCGAAGUCAAUGAACAAGGUCGCGUGGUGAAGCUAGACCUCCGCGGAAACAACCUUCAAGGUACUAUCCCGGCAGGGCUAGGCACGCUCGAUGCUUUGGAACAUCUCGACCUCUCGAAUAACAAACUGUCUGGGUCUAUACCGUGGACCUUAGCCAACCUAGGAGAACUUCAAGUUCUCAUUCUAGAGGCGAACCAGCUCAGCGGGGUUGUGUCGCCGGAGCUAGGCGAUAUACGCGCUCUAAGAUACCUCGAGCUCGGCGGGAACUAUCUGAGGGGAGGGCCGAAGUUGGGUGAGAGCAUUUCUUCGUGGAGGACAAGACUAAGGAACCAGCAGCAGGUCGUCGUCACCGCUACCCCCCAACCAGAGGUUCCCCCGCCGAUGGCUUCGCCCGACCGUGACGCACUGGUUGCGCUGUUUCAUGCCACGGGCGGGGAUAACUGGACGCGCAAGAGCAACUGGUGCACGUCUGCUAAGCUGGGGACAUGGAAGGGGGUCAAAGUCAACGAAGAGGGCCGCGUCGUAGAGCUAGAUCUGUCGGACAACAACCUCCGAGGUACCAUCCCUGUUGAGCUUGGGAAGCUUGGGGCCCUUCGACACCUCUCGCUGGCUUGGAAUAAACUUAGCGGUCCCAUCCCUCCUGACCUGGGAAACCUUUCUUCCCUGGAAAAGCUGUCAUUUUGGAAAAACGAGCUGAGCGGAGCAAUACCAAAGGAGCUGGAGCGUCUUACAGCGCUCACUGUUCUGUUCCUCAACGACAACCGUCUGACAGGAUCGGUUCCCGAAGCGGUGAAAGGUCUCAGCCAGCUGGAGCUUCUUCGAGUCUCCAACAACCUGCUUGCGGAAGAAUCGGUGGAGAGCGAGAGUCUAGACCGGUCGGAAGCCAAGCGUGACGGGCCACGCGUGGAGUCUCUGGCGCCAGAAAUUACGUUGGUUCCGUGUGCGGCUUCGACCGAUCGCGAUGCGCUGGUUGCGCUGUUCAUUUCCACCAAUGGGGCUACCUGGACAUGCAACGACAACUGGGACACAGAUGCUGAGCUAGGGACAUGGCAUGGGGUCGAUGUCAACGAAAGGGGCCGCGUUGUAAAGCUGCAACUGGGUUUACACAACCUUCGAGGACCCAUCCCGGAAGCAUUGGUGGCCCUCGACGAGCUCGAGGUACUGCAACUCGACUGCAACAUGCUUACGGGCUUCAUCCCCAAGGCGCUGAGGGUCCUCACCAAGCUGGAGAAGCUCAUGCUGAAUAACAACCAGCUGAGCGGUGCUAUUCCCCCCGAGCUUGGGCAGCUUGGUGCCCUGGAGUACCUCAUGUUGAUGGGUAACAACCUGAGUGGACCCAUCCCGGAGGCGCUGGGAGCUCUCAGCGAGCUGAAAAUGCUCGGGCUCAACAAUAACCGGCUCAAGGGACCCACCCCCAAGACGCUGGGAAAGCUCAGCGAGCUGGAGGAGCUUGGGCUCAGCAACAACAUGCUUGACGGAUGCAUCCCCGAGGAGCUAGCAGCCUUGACCAAUCUGCGAUGGCUCCAGCUCCAGAACAAUAAGCUCACAGGAUCCAUCCCGGAGGCUCUGGGAGCUCUGAGCAAGCUCAAAGAGCUUAGACUCAGCAACAAUAAGCUCUCAGGAACCGUGCCGGAGGGCCUCGGGGGCCUAACAGGCCUGAGAGGGCUACUGCUCAACGACAACAACCUGGAAGGAGUCAUCCCUGAGGCGCUGAGAGCUCUCAGCGAGUUGAAGAGGCUUGACCUCAGCAACAACAGCAGUAUCACGGGCGGGCCUGAACAUGGGGAUCUUGACUCGUGGAGGGCAAGAAUACAGCCGCAGCAGCAGCGGGAGGCUGAGCACGAUGACCCAAAAGAGGAAGCCGAUGUUGCGCAGCACAGCCUCCGAUCACAAGACGCGGAGACGGUGGAAACAGAUAUCGUCCACCCUGGACCCUCUUGCCCAGCGGAGGAGGAGAGAGACCCGGGUCACUCGUUUGGGGAGCAAGUCGCUUCCUUUGCGGGCUUGGCUGCGCUUACUAAAGGGGAUUGCGAGGCUCUGGACGAGAUCAAACAGCUCAUCAGAGCACCACCCAUCAGGGCACCACCCGCUGAUGGCGUUUCUCCGGCCCCAGAGCCUAUCGACGAAGAAAAGCUUCGGGAUCUCAACAGGCUGGCGGAAAUGGCCACGACUCUGAGCGAAAUUGCUUCCAGCCACAUGGAGGAUCAGUGGAUGCAAGAGAGGGAGCAGGGUUUGUCGCAGGCGCGCAAGGCGUACUUCAACGCCGUCCGGGAUGGCGUAUGCAACGCGUUCCUCGCUUCCAGCGUCGUCGGCAGCAACUUGGUUGCCACGAGCAAGACCGGUGGGAUAGGCACGGCAGGAAAGGCCUUGAAACUGCUGUCUGCCGCCGUUCCUAUGGUUGGAGGGCUGGGAGGCAUCGCAUCGGCGGCUUUGAAGACGGGAGACCGCUACAUCCAAACUCGGCGAGUGGUGAAGAUCGCCGACAUCGCGCGGGACGCGGUUGAGUGCUGUUCGCUGGCAAGGAGAUUAGCGUUGCGACUCGCCGAAGGCCUUGCGAUUGGCGCCUCCAUGGCCGACACGGUGGCGGGCACGAUCGAUGGGACUGGAGGGGGCGGAUGGAGUCAGGGCGAGUAUGCCUUGCCAGACGGCGCGAGGGAUAGAGACGUCAUGGAAUGGUUUGCCGACGAGGUGGCAAACCUCGAGCCGCAAGACCACCACGCGACGAGGACGACUCCUGAAGAACAGGCUGGGAGACGGCUGGGGAAGAAGCACCUCCAAACGCUGCUGCUGGCGGUGGGGAAUGGUCGCCUCGAGGGCGCGAAAAGCAUCGAAGAAAAGGUUGAGCUUUUGGUCCGGACCGUCCUCCCUGAGGACGAGGGAAACGCCGUUUCGACGCCUCAAGCCCCGGACGUUGUCGUGGAGCAAGUCCCGAGCUCCACCGACAGCGUGUUGAGGCAGACGGAUUCGGCAGCAAGUCUCCUCAUCGGUCGCGACAGUGUAGAAAGUGACGUCAGCAGCGUUGCAGCGUUAAUGGGGGAAAUACAAUCCUUGCGGGUCUCUCUGGACGACUCGAAUGCGAAGCAGUCCAAGCUGGAAAACGAGGUGAGCAGCCUAAAGGAGAAGGUGAAGAGCGCGCCGGACUCUGAUGGAGUGGUGUCCAUCGGUGGAGGGCAAGCUCUCAUGCAGCGGGUAGUUGUUACCAAGAAACCGGAAACCUUCCUCGAGGAGUCUCAACACGAAGCCGUGGCCGCGGAUCAGUACGUGCCUAUCGACGAAUGGAUAGAGUACAAGGAACGCCAGGCCGAAAUCGAUCGCGGGCAUAGCGACAAGAUCGACGGUCUUGAAGUGAAAGUUGACAGGAAACAAGACCGAAAACGUGGGAGUGUGUUAUCCUCCCGGCGUGGGAAAGGUUGACUGUCAAGACAUGGCCACCACAUCCUGCGAAUGCAGAUUGAUUUUUGGCACUCCCUUGGGCUAUGAUUUCGCGCACUAGGGAUCGAGAUAUACCGGCCUGAGGAUUUAUCUUCGUCUUGAAGGAGGCUAACCUAGCUGCAGCGUUGCCGGUUUGGGCACAUGCGCUAAUAUCAUGUCGCCGAGUUGGGUCUGGUCUGCGCCGUUUAGACAACUGUAGACGCAUGCCGAGGACCAUGUUCUAGGAACCAAUCAAAUAUUUUUACGUUGGACUAUUCAGUGUCAAUCGUCCCUCACGAGCGAGCAAAGAUUUCGCGUUGCUUGAGUAGUGCGGCGGCAUGCUUGUCUUGAAAAGGCCUGGGGCACGGGUGCCUUCGCUCCGUAUCUGAGAGGAAUGUCUACUUGGCAGUUGGCGAGGGAAGUGGGCUGCAGCAACUACCGCGGUCGGCGUUGGCAACUUCGUCCAUUUAGUUAUUGAGUAUGUAUUUGUUCGUCAAUGGAUACUGCUGUAUCA